AUGGAGAAAAAAAGUUUUUGCAUGGUCACCCUAAAAGCCGGAAGUGACUCUCUUCAUUCCAGCCAGCUGAAGGAAUCACCAUUUCUCUUCCAUUCUGUUGGAGUCUAUCUCGGAUAUUACACGUGGAUUGUAAUCCGUGGUGAGUGUCAGAAGAAAUUGUUUAGUGUAGUGUUUCAAAGUGAUUUUAUAUUACCACUAACCAAAAAUGGGCAAGGAAAAGACUCACAUUAA